GUACGGAGCAGUAGAUCGUUGGCGGCAAGCAGCAGCAGAGAGUGAGCGUGUGAGAAGUGACUUUUGACUGACUCGACUUGCAGGCAUAGCCGGUCGAGCUUCAAAUUUUCAAGUGUCCGAAAAUCCUUCACCACACACUCACAUACAACUACUCCAGAACAAGCAAGAUGUCGGACCGCAAGGCUGUUAUCAAGAAUGCCGAUAUGUCGGAGGAGAUGCAGCAGGACGCCGUUGAUUGCGCGACCCAGGCACUCGAGAAGUACAACAUCGAGAAGGACAUUGCAGCCUUUAUAAAGAAGGAGUUCGACAAAAAGUACAACCCGACAUGGCAUUGCAUCGUCGGCAGGAACUUCGGUAGCUACGUCACGCACGAGACGCGACACUUUAUCUACUUCUACCUGGGCCAAGUGGCAAUUCUUCUGUUCAAGAGUGGAUAAGCUGGAGUCACCUUAUGAUUCUCUCUCUCUUUCUUUCUCUCUCUCUCUCUCUCUUUCUCUCUCUCUCUCACUCUCUCUCUCUUUCUCUAUCUAUUCCCAUUCAAAAAAAAUUUUCUGUGCUCAUUCUCUGUUCUAUGCUUUUUGAGAAACUUCUUUCAACAUUAAGCCACACACACUGACAACUCACUUUCAUGCUCAUUUACCAUAGAUGUUUCUCUUUCUUGGUUUAUUCAUGACCUUGUGAAGACUUAUCAAUAAUAAAUCCCAGUAGCCAAA